GACGGGCCGCGGUUGACGUUGAGUGGCCAGCGCCAUCAGGCUCCGGUAUCCAUUUUUAAGUGGCCUUUUGAAAGUGGCGGAGUCGCCUUUCGAACGUGGCUCUCCCAGGCUCUUCUUUCACUCCUGCCUUCCAUUCCGUCUGAUCUUCCUGUUUCCAACCUCUCAGCCGCACGAUUUGGAUUUCUCCGGGUGAGGCGAAAGCCUGUUGUUAUAGCCACAAAGUAGAGAAGAUUUUAAAUACCAGUGCCAUUUAACUGAUGGUGAGCUGUUGAAUUCUGACACUUCCUUAGAUACUUUUUGAUACCAACAACUUCACUGGGGAGAGUUGAGAAAAAGAGAAAAGAAGAGACGACAUUCCCACUUACUAUGGCUAUACCAAUAACAGUGCUUGACUGUGAUCUCUUGCUGUAUGGCAGGGGUCACCGGACAUUGGACCGUUUUAAGCUAGACGAUGUGACUGAUGAAUACUUGAUGUCCAUGUAUGGUUUUCCUCGGCAGUUCAUUUAUUACUUGGUGGAUCUCUUGGGAGCAAGUCUUUCUAGACCUACUCAGCGAUCUAGGGCGAUUAGCCCAGAGACACAAAUCCUUGCAGCACUGGGCUUUUAUACCUCAGGUUCCUUCCAGACUCGGAUGGGAGAUGCUAUUGGAAUCAGUCAGGCCUCCAUGAGUCGUUGUGUUGCCAAUGUCACCGAAGCACUGGUGGAAAGGGCCUCACAGUUCAUUCACUUUCCAGCUGAUGAUGCCUCCACGCAAGCGCUGAAGGAUGAAUUCUAUGGGUUGGCAGGAAAGCCAGGAGUGAUAGGGGUGGUUGACUGUAUCCAUGUGGCAAUCAAGGCGCCAAAUGCUGAAGACCUCUCCUAUGUGAACCGCAAAGGUCUGCAUUCUUUAAACUGCCUGAUGGUGUGUGACAUCAGAGGAGCGCUAAUGACUGUGGAGACAAACUGGCCAGGCAGCCUACAGGACUGUGCAGUGUUGCAACAGUCUUGUCUCAGUAGUCAGUUUGAAGCUGGGAUGCACAAAGAUAGCUGGCUUCUCGGUGACAGUGCCUUCUUUCUCCGCACAUGGCUCAUGACCCCGCUUCACAUCCCCGAGACUCCAGCCGAAUAUCGCUACAACAUGGCCCACUCUGCGACCCACAGUGUGAUCGAGAAGACGCUCCGCACCCUCUGUGCCCGCUUCCGCUGCCUGGAUGGGUCCAAGGGGGCGCUGCAGUACUCACCUGAGAAGUCCAGUCACAUUGUCUUGGCUUGUUGUGUCCUCCAUAACAUAUCUCUGGAGCAUGGGAUGGACGUGUGGUCCUCUCCGGCGACAGGACCCGUGGAACAGCCCCCCGAGGAAGAGUACGAGCACCUGGAGUCCCUGGACUUAGAGGCUGACCGUGUCCGUCAGGAGCUGAUGCUCACUCACUUUAGCUAGCGUGGAAGGUGGGGAGGAGGAGAACUUCCCAGCAGGCAUUGUGAAACUCCCGCUCUCUGCCUGUACACAGUUCCAUCACAGAGCAUGGCUGAGCAAGCAGACACUUGUCCUCACUUGACAUUUAAUCUGUGUGUUUCAGGAUGGGGCUUUGCCAGAGCAUCUUGAAGAAUGUAUUGAACCAAAACCAAGAUGACGUUCCUUACCAACAGUGCGCGCCUCUGGCUGGGCACACUCACUUGAAAUUGACUGGUUGCAAACUUUCAUGAUCGUGCCUACAAAUCCUGAGCCCAAAACAAGUUUUCAGUUUCGUUUAUCUGGAGGUUUCACAUGAGAACAAUGUUUGGGGCCAGCUGGUAGUGCUUGGGGUGGCCGGAUCCCACAGGGCCGACUGCGCAGUUCAAGUCCUAGACCUGGUAGCUUGAGAAACACAGUGGGUACAUGUACG